ACUGGCAAUAUCUACUGAACUUGGUGGUCACGGGGUUUGAACUCGUUCACUCCGUUUUUGUUCUAUGAAAUUUCUUAUGUAAAGUCAAAAUUAAUGACAACAAAUAGAACGGAGAUCGCGUGUUCGCAGAAAAGACAAAACGAUUUAAUUUAUAUGUGAAAACACUGUGUUCACCAUUGUACUUUUUCAAGCAUUUAGAUCUAAUUAAUAUUGUUUAAGGGAGUGUAUUUCCGGGCAACAUAUAGAUCUGAACUGGCGGGGGUGUUGACCCAAAUCGUUCGUGCAUAAUGUGGACUUUUACAGAAUUUCGUCCAUCUUUAGGCGUCUGUUUGUGUUUUCUUGUAAGCUUCACUACAAUAUCGACAUCGACCGCCCAGACUAUUCGGCUUGUAAAUGGUGCUAGAUCAAGUCAGGGACGUCUUGAGGUUUUUCACAACAACACGUGGGGUACUGUCUGUGAUGAUAACUUUGACAGUAAUGCAGCAGCAGUGGUUUGUCGCAUGCUAGGAUACACAGGGAACCUGUUUGCAGCCAGGGAUGCGGCCACCUAUGGACAGGGUGUGGGCCAGAUAUGGUUGGAUGACGUGACGUGCAAUGGUACUGAGUCAAGUUUGUUUAACUGCCGGGCCAAUGCUUGGGGCGUAACCAACUGUCAACAUAACGAAGAUGUCGGAGUGGAUUGUAACCCUAACUUGGAUGCCCAGGUAACGUUGAGACUGGCUGAUGGCCCCACUGGUAAUGUAGGGCGUGUCGAGGUGUUCUACAACAACACCUGGGGGACAAUCUGUGAUGAUGGCUGGACUGGAGAAGCAGCACAGAUCGUUUGUAACAGUCUUGGGAAUGUGAAUUCAUUGGCUAUUCCACUUGGCAAUGCAUUCUUUGGAAAUGGUACUGGACCGAUCUGGUUGGACGAUGUUGUGUGCACUGGAAGGGAGGCGGGGCUAGGGGCGUGUCAGCACAAACCAUGGGGACAGAGCAACUGCGGUCAUGCGGAAGAUGCAAGUGUCAUGUGCUUACCUGCUAACACUCAGAUGAAUGUAACUAUGCGCCUGGUUGGAGGUACGAGCAGAUUCCAAGGACGUGUGGAGGUGCUUGUCUAUAACAUAUGGGGCACCGUUUGUGAUGACAACUUUGCCGACCAGGAAGCCACAGUUGCCUGUCGAAUGGCCGGAUUUCCCAAUGGUGGAAGCGUAAUUCGAGGCACUAGCUUUGGAGGUGCGAAGGGUCCAAUCUGGAUGGAUGAUGUGGACUGUAACGGAACUGAGACCUCCCUACAGCAGUGUGUCCACAAGCCAUGGGGUGUGAGCAACUGUGGGCAUGACGAGGAUGUAGCCGUCCAGUGCAACACAGGCACAUUACCAAAUAUUCAGCUGCGAUUGGCUGGCAGUAACCUAGGCAACCAAGGUCGUGUGGAGGUCCUGUACAAUAACACGUGGGGCACUGUGUGUGAUGAUCGCUGGUCGGCAGCAGACGCAGCUGUGGUCUGCAGGCAGCUGGGACAGCCAUUUUCUGGAGCAGCCCCGAUCAGUCUGGGGGGUUUCGGUGGAGGGACUGGUCAAAUUCUUCUGGACGACGUGGAAUGCAUUGGCACAGAAACCAGCAUUGCUCAGUGUCGUAACGGCGGAUGGGGGCACAGCAACUGUGACCAUUCUGAGGAUGCGGCUGUUAUUUGUCAGAACACAAAUGUCAGGACCAAUAUAAGACUGGUUGGAGGUCCGUCCACCAAUGAGGGCCGCGUGGAAAUAUUCUACAACAACACCUGGGGUACAAUCUGUGAUGACAGUUUUGACGACAAGGACGCAGCUGUGCUCUGCAAAAUGGCCGGAUUCGGCGGACAAGGUGCCAGGGCCAAAAGUAACGCUGCAUACGGGCCCGGAGCUAAUCAGAUAUGGUUAGAUGACCUCGACUGUACUGGUAACGAGACAGACGUGGCGAUGUGUGGUCAUCGAGGAUGGGGAAAAUCUAACUGUGAACAUUCCGAGGACGCUAGUGUUGUCUGCUUCUCACCUAACCAGCAGAACACCACGGUGCGUCUGGUUGGGGGCCCAUCAACCAAUGAGGGUCGCGUGGAGGUGUUUCACAACGGGGUCUGGGGCUCUGUGUGUGAUGACCUGUUUGACACAAAGAGUGCCGCUGUCGUCUGCAGAAUGUUAAACUUGACCAGUUCUGGUGCCCAGCCAAGACUGAGUUCCUACUACGGUCGGGGCAAUGCCACCAUCUGGCUGGACAAUGUCCAGUGCACUGGCAAUGAGACCAACAUUGACCUGUGUCCACAUAACGUCUGGGGAGACAACAACUGUGACCAUACUGAAGAUGUUGGAGUGCUGUGUGUUCAGGCAUCUGUUAUUGGAGUACGACUUGUAAACGGUUCUUCCACGAGCAAUGGUCGACUGGAGGUGUACUACAACAAUACAUGGGGCACAGUGUGCGAUGACAGCUUCAACCAGCUGGAUGCUCAAGUUGUCUGCAGAAUGCUUGGAUUUCAAAUAUCCAACAGUCUCCCUGUGGCUGGCGGCCAGUUUGGGCAGGGUACCGGCCCCAUACUGAUAGACGACCUUCAGUGUCUGGGGUCAGAGACCAACAUCCAGCAGUGUCGAAACAAGGGCUGGUACAACCAUAACUGUGAACAUAGUGAAGACGUGGGAGUUUUCUGCAACUCAGCUGCUAUGCAGUACAGACUGGUUAAUGGCUCGGACAGCAACAGCGGGCGUCUGGAGGUGAAUCUGGCUGGACAGUGGGGCACAGUCUGUGAUGACAAGUUUGACUCAAAUGCUGCAAAAGUGGCCUGCAAGCUGCUGAACAAACCUUAUCAAGCAGCUAUGCCUGCUGGAUCAGGCGCGUUUGGUGCUGGAACUGGUAAGAUCUGGCUGGAUGAUGUCGUCUGCCUGGGAAACGAGACAUCUCUCCUGGGAUGUAACACAAAUAGUCCAGGAGAUAACGACUGUACCCAUGCGGAAGAUGUUGGCGUGUUUUGUCGCGACAGUGCCCCCACCACCAACAUUCAGUACCGUCUGCGAGAUGGCCCAGGGAAUAAUGAAGGGCGUCUGGAGAUCAACUACGGCGGCGUGUGGGGAACGGUGUGCGAUGAUAACUUCGACAACAACGCAGCAAAAAUUAUCUGCAAUACACUUGGUGUCACUUAUGUGAAGGCUCGGGUUGGUCAACCAGGCAAAUACGGUCCCGGAAGUGGUCAGAUCUGGUUGGAUGACGUGACUUGCUUCGGGAACGAGACUUCUAUCGUUCAGUGCCAGCACAACGACUUCGGGGUCAAUGACUGUGACCACUCCGAGGAUGUGGGGGUCGUCUGCGCUACAACCGCUCAGCAGAACCUCAACAUUCAACUGACAAAUGGAACCACACCAAGAAAGGGGCGUAUCCUCGUGAGCACCAAUGGAACACAGGGGCCCUGGGGGACGGUGUGCGAUGAUGGGUUUGGGGUCGCCGAGGCCAAGGUCAUGUGCACUAUGCUAGGAUAUGCUGGGGAUAUUGCUGUACCAAUUCCAAACGCUUACUUCGGUGCCGGAACCGGUCAAAUUGUCAUUGACGACCUGAACUGUAUUGGUAACGAGACGAACAUAGGCCAGUGUGACCUCAAACCGUUUGGCGUUAAUGACUGCACCCAUGCAGAGGAUGCCUCUCUGAUGUGCCUACAGCAUGCCAGCACAUCGGAUGUUGCUGUUAGACUGACAGGUGGUUUGAGCCUUCGAUCCGGACGGGUUGAAGUGCGGUACGCCGGUGUGUGGGGAACGAUCUGCGAUGAUAGCUGGGAUGAUAGGGACGCUCGAGUCAUCUGUCGACAACUUGGAUUCAAUGGAGGUACAGCCCUGACUGGUGUUGGCACAGGAAGUGGUCCCAUCUGGAUGGACGACGUGGAGUGUGCCGGCACAGAGAGCAACAUCCAGAACUGCACAUUCAAGGGGUGGGCCGAACACAACUGUGACCAUUCCGAGGACGCAGGAGUCAGCUGUCAGGACAAUUCUGUGCAGAACUUCACAGUGCGGCUGGUGAAUGGUCCCAACAAUCUGGAGGGUCGUGUUGAGGUGUCCCUUGGAAGCACAUGGGGAACUGUCUGCGAUGAUAACUGGAACAAUGCAGAUGCCCAGGUGGUCUGCCGAAUGCUGGGUGCAUCCACUGAUGGAGCCCUUGCUUUCGGAAAUGCCAGGUACGGCCAAGGCGUGGGCUCCAUUAUUCUAGACCAGGUCAACUGCACGGGGACAGAGUCCAACCUGGGACAGUGUGCGUCCAACCCAAUCCUGUUGACCAACUGUGUGCACGGGGAGGACGCUGGCGUGAGAUGUACAGGCGGACAUUCAGGUGGCCUGGUGACCCAGUUACAAGUGAGACUGGUUGGCGGAACAAAUUCACGGGAAGGGCGUGUAGAGAUCCUGUACAACGGCACAUGGGGUACAGUCUGUGACGAUAACUUUAACAACAAUGCUGCUCAGGUCGUCUGCUCAAUGGUUGGGCUAUCAGGCACCAAUGCCAGAGCUAGAAGUGGGGGAUUUUUUAGACCUGGAAAUGGGACCAUCUGGUUGGAUGAUGUUAAUUGCAUUGGUAACGAGACAUCCUUGGCAUUAUGUGGACAUCGUGACUGGGGGACAAACAACUGCGGCCACACGGAAGAUGCAGGAGUGGUGUGCGGAGGGUCGGUCACAAUAAGCCCAGUACGUCUUCGCAAUGGUACAACAAUAUCAGAGGGACGAGUUGAAAUAUUCUACAAUGGCACUUGGGGAACAAUUUGUGACGAUAACGUGGACCGAAACUUCGCCGUUGUCAUCUGCAGGCAACUGGGUUUUCAAACGACAAAUGUAGCCCUGAGAAAGGAGGCAUUCUUUGGCCCUGGAUCAGGUCAGAUCUGGUUGGAUGAUGUGAGUUGCCGUGGCGAUGAGGUCUCUGUGGAUUCUUGUACAGCGAAUGCUUGGAGCAUCAACAACUGUGGUCACAAUGAGGAUGUUGGGGUCGUAUGCAAUGCUCCAACUGUUCAGGUGAGACUUGCUAAUGGUGGUGUGUCGCCUAACCAAGGUAGGGUUGAGUUGUUCUACAACAACACCUGGGGCACAGUGUGUGAUGAUAGCUUUGAUGCGAACGCUGCUGGAGUGGUGUGUAGCCAGUUGGGCUUCUCUAGAGACAGAGCCCAGGUGGCGGCCACAGGACAGUUUGGUCAGGGUGCAGGACCGAUACUCCUGGACGACCUUCACUGUCUUGGAGCGGAGACCAACCUACUUCAGUGUGAUGCUAAACCCUGGUACCAGAACAACUGUGCCCACAGUGAGGAUGUCGGCGUCAUUUGCUCUAAUUCAGGUACCUCUACAAGUAUCCGACUGGUUGGUGGUUCCACCCAGUACUCUGGCAGAGUGGAAGUAUUUUACAACGGAACUUGGGGCACAGUCUGCGAUGACUAUUUCACAAACCAGGCAGCUACUGUCGUGUGCCAAAUGUUGAACUAUCCAACUGCUGGAGCUCAAAUGCUGACCCGUCUCACUGGGUACCCUGCACCUCCCAGCAAGAUUUGGUUGGACAAUGUGGUCUGCCUAGGCACGGAAUCAAACAUCGGCAACUGCCAGCAUAAUCCAUGGGGAACUAACAACUGCGGCCAUCUAGAGGAUAUUGGUGUCUUCUGCUCAUCAACACCACUGGCGGGCACGUCGACAACCGUGCGGGUACCAAUGUCAACACCGUUGCCAGGCUCCACGUCCAUCAGACUGGUCGCCGGUAACAGCGCGUUUGAGGGCCGCGUGGAAGUGUAUGCAUUCAAUCAGUGGGGCACAGUCUGCGACGAUAAUUGGAACUCCUCUGACGCCUCUGUUGUCUGCAGAAUGCUGGGUUAUACAGGUAACGGAGCUGCAGCCAGGGGGUCGGCCUACUACGGCCAGGGAACUGGUCAGAUAUGGUUGGACAAUGUGUUCUGCCGUGGCACGGAGGGUUCUCUGGAGCAGUGUACGUCCAACGGAUGGGGCGCGCACAACUGCGGUCACCAGGAGGAUGCUGGGGUCUCCUGCCUCUCAACCACAAUUCCCAACAGAUUCCUCCUGUUUACUGACACUACUCAAAGAUCCAUAUAUAGAAUGGACAUGACGACCAAGAGCUAUAUAGCGAUACCAUUGCCAAGUCAAGAGAAUCCCAUCGCUAUCGACUACGACUACAUCGGAGAACGAUUAUACUGGACUGACGUCAGCAAAAAAAUGAUUCGCACUGCUACUCUGGAUGGACUCAGCUCAAAAACCAUCCGAGUGUUACCUUCAAACUCAGUAGCAGAUGGCAUCGCUGUGGACAGUAUUUCCCAACUGAUCUUCUACUCUGACACCGGGACCGACAUCAUCGCUGUCAUGACGAUGGACGGUUCCUUCCAGUCUGUCAUCAUCAACUCAGACCUCGAUCAGCCGAGAGCCGUGGUGGCAGAUCCAAAUGCAGCUAAGCUCUACUGGACAGACUGGGGCAGACAUCCUAAGAUUGAGACGUCAUCUUACGACGGAUCAAACCGUCAAGCCAUCAUUAAUUCCAACCUCCAGUGGCCUAAUGCAAUAGCAGUCGAUACUACAGGUAAUAUUAUUUACUGGGCCGAUGGAGGGACCGGAAACAUUGAGAAGGCCAAUCUGGAUGGUUCUAACCGUCAAACAAUCUACAGCCUUUCAACUUCCCACUUUUUUGGCAUCGCUUUGUACGGAUCCAUGCUGUAUUACACAGACUGGGCACAGCACACAGUGAUGGUGGUAUUUUGUAGCACAGUGAUGGUGGUGCCAGCAUCUGGUGGUACGCCAACUGCAUAUGGACCCCCAGGGUUUGGGCGACUCAAUGACAUCCACGUGCAGGUCAAUGGAGCUAGUCAGACAAAUACAAAUGCGUGUACGAACGGCCGCGGUGGUUGUAGCCACAUCUGUAUUCCCAUGGCAGGAGGCAACAAGAAGUGCCUGUGCCCUGAUGGACUCACCCUUCAAUCUGGGGGUCUCACUUGUGCUGCAUCUCAACCCUGCCUACCGCUGGGAAGCAUCACGUUUGGGACUACCAAUCCUCCAGCCUGCAUGAUGGGAAGUCAGCAGCCUGGAACCGUGUGCAAUGUAGUCUGCAACAACGGAUACCGGUUCCCUGGCAACACCCAGCUUACCUGCUAUGGCAACGGAAUCUGGAGCAACAAUGGGGUGCCAUUGGUUUGUACAGAUAUUACCCCACCCACUGUGACGUGUCCAGCAGACGUCUCAGUGACCACUGAUAGAGGCCUGCAGAUGGCCACGGUCACAUGGCCGGCCGUUACAGCCACAGAUAACUCUGGCCAGGCCCCGACCGUGUUUCAGAGCAUGCAGAGCGGAACGACCUUCCAGGAGGGCGUGUACAGUGUCAAUGUCAUGGCGACAGAUAGUAUGGGUCUCUCUGCAACCUGCAAUUUCAAGGUCACUGUAAAAGUGAAUCGAUGUGGAAUGCUGCAGCCACCACAGUACGGCUACAUUCUAUCUGGGGUUUGUCCAAACGUUUAUGGCUCCGUCUGCAUGGUUGCAUGUAACCCAGGAUUCACUCUCAGUAACCAGGCUACCGUUGCUCAAGUAACAUGUACGAUGAAUGGUAACCAGGCAGCAUGGGAUUCGGUACCCAGUUGUAUAGCCUCCACUAGCACAACUCCACCUCAGUCUGGUAACCAAGGAAACCAAGGUAGCAAUGCUCAGCCAAUCGUUCAACAACAGGUGUCCAGUAACAGUAAUGGCGGUGGUGGCAGCAGUUACACUGGCGUUACCGCAGCGAUAGUGGCAGGGGUGGUGUUUAUUGUGCUCAUUGUUGGAGGACUAUUUGUUUAUCUGAAACGCAUGCAAAUGCUAUCAGCAGGGAGCUCUGGAGGAAUACAGAUGGAAACCAUGACAACCUCAUCAAUGUCGCGCAACAAAAACAAUUCCAAUUCUGGAGCCGCAGGUUGGGAAAAUCCAAACUAUCAAGUUGAUGCUUAAAUGUGGCCUGUGUAUAGUGACAGCUAUAUGGAAACAGCUUAGAAAAACAGUAUUCUGCAAUGAACAAUGUAUAUUACAUGUCAUAUUACUUGUUGACUUAAUUUUUUUUUUUUGACAUUGUUAUGGUAGAUUGCAAUGUCAAUGUUUAUCUGGAUAACCUGGCGUUAAUAUUGCCUAUGCCAAUAUGAGAAUUACUCAUAUAAUACCUGGAGACUACAUACAAUUCUCAUUGUUGCAUAGAUCGCCUAUUGCAGAAUUCAUUUGUGAGGUUGCAGGUAAAGUGAGAUAUCAUGUUUUAUUUACCUCAUUGUUCUGUUUGUAUAAAUUGUAUACUUUUAAACAGUUUAAAAUAUGUACAAUCCAUAAGUCUAGCAAUUGGCCCCGUUUGGAGUGACAUUAAUAUUAGACAGAAACUAAUGUUAUUUGUCACACACUAUUUUUUUUUAUUUUUCUCUGUCAGCUUAACAACAAAAUAAAAAAAAUAAAAAACACUUAACCCGGUAAGUCAGAUUGUCUUUUUUUAGACAUUAUAAAAAUCCAUGAAUUUUAUAUCCAGCUUUUAAACAAUAUUAUUUUGGUAUGAAAUUUUAGAAAUGUUACAAGAAACAAAAAGUGAUAAAUGGCUGCAAUUAUUGAAGUUAUAUAUCUCAAGUUUAAAUAUUGUUUAAAAUACAUUGUAAGGUGCCAAUGCUUAGUGAAAUUAGUUAGUAUUAUAUUUUCCGGCAUUUCAACUAUCAGCGAUCCUGUUUCAUUCUUCAAACAUCCAGCUAAUGUACAUGUACUUUCAUUAUAGGCCAAUUUAUUACUUGUAAAUACUUCAGCUUAUUAUUAAUGUAGAAGAAAUUUAUAAUAUAAUCUUAGUAGAAAUCUGGUCUUAGAAUAAAUAGUAAAAUAGGAAACUAAAAAUUUUGUUUGGCGACUAAUUGUUUUACUUUUACAUUAAUUUUCAUACUCAUUUUUUGGAUGCAAUGAAAACUAUUUGACAGUGCAAUAAUUUGUUGUUUUUAUUGUUUCUGAAUGUUAGAAUGUUACGGAUUAAAAUUGUAUAGCAAUGAAAGAUAUUUAAGCUUUGUGUACAUGUAUAUCACAUCAAGCGUCCAUCAACUUGUAUUAAAAUGUAACAUUUAA